GGCGUCUUCGGAGUCCGUGCGGCACCGAGUACCCUGCGUUGCGAGGCGUUUCGGGGCGAAGCCCCGCUUCCUUGGCUGAGCACUGACCGAGUGCAGCGAGGACGCAAUUAGCCCUCUGUUACAGCCAGCGUAAGCACUUUUACACGACGCAACCCAUCACGGUGGCCCGUUCCCUUGCCGAGCCAACUUACCGCGCUUCGCGCCGAAGCGCUGCGCCUCCGUGGACGGCGAUUGCCCAUGUUUGAAGUAGUGCGUCGAUGGCGCUGGGCUAAUCCCGAGACGCCGCCGAUGCGCUAAAACAUGCUGUCGUGUGCUCGCCCGACCCGAAACGUGUCCGCGAGAGCGAAUUUACGGCAAAAACGCAAAGAGAGACCCCAGACGCGGGACCGCCGCGCUCACCGCAACCCAAACACAGGCUCUACACAAGUUAAAAAGCAACAACAACAAACAUGCAGCGCCUCCUCAUCGCCGCCUCCGCCGUCGCCGUCGCCGGGUUCAUGGCCCCGCCCGCACGACCGACGUCCGUGCGCAUGGACGCGUCGGUCGACUCCAUCCUCGAGGACAUCAAGGGCCUCACCCUCGUGGAAGCUUCGGAACUCGUGUCGAAGAUCGAGGAGACGUUCGGCGUCGACGCGAGCAGCGCACCCGUCGCGAUGGCCGUCGCGGGCGGCGCAGCGGCGGGCGGCGGCGACGAGGCCGCCGACGAGAAGGACGAGUUCGACGUCGUCCUGACGGAGGUGCCGGCGGACAAGAAGAUCGCGGUCCUCAAGAUCGUGCGAACGAUCACGGGCCUCGGCCUCAAGGAGGCCAAGGGCAUGGUCGAGUCCGCGCCGGUCACGAUCAAGGAGGGCGCGCCCAAGGACGAGGCCGCGGACAUCCAGAAGCAGAUCGAGGAGGGCGGCGCCAAGGUCGAGCUCAAGUAGGGCGCUGCGCUUUCUCCCGGUUAACAUAUGUCCCCUU